ACAAAUAAUUUGAGGAAGAAGGAGGAUGUUAUGGGAAACAAGGCUAGCAGUAGCAAAGAAAAAGGUGACUCCAGCGCAAGAGUAGCUGCCAAGAGUGCAAGAAAAGGUCCCCUCCCGGAGGUACCAAGUGCAGAUGAUGUGAUUCUAAGAGAACGUCGUAAAGACAAGACACACGAAUCUGAUAUCUUAACAUCUCAUUCAAAAGAUGAAUUUAAUCCAGGAGCCAAGCAACCUCUCGAAUUAAAUCCCCUCCCCACACAAAAGGUCUUCCUGGUGCUACACGAUUUUGACGCAAUAGGUCACAACACUGUUUCCGUCCUCAAGAAUGAACGGGUGGAACUCAGAUCUCAAGUGGAAGUCUGGAGUGACGUGUUUGUUCCAAGACUUGGUAAAUCAGGCUGGAUACCUUCCAACUACCUAGCUCCCCUCAACAGUCUUAGUCGGUAUCCAUGGUACCACAAACAGAUCACGCGGAGCACGGCCGAGUGGUUGCUACGUAACGGUAUUAACGGUAGUUUCCUGGUGCGGGAGAGCGAGAGCACGGCGGGACAGUACUCCCUGUCUGUGCGGCAUGAGGGGAAGAAAUACCAUUACAGAAUACAGAGUCGUGGGGGACGGUUCUGGAUUAACGAGGACACGCAGUUUAAAGAUUUAGCAGAGCUGAUACACCACCACUCUCUUAACUCAAGCGGUCUCGUCACCACUUUAACUCACCCUGUUCCUAAUGAGUCAAAACCUGCUAUCGACAACCUAACAGACGAAUGGGAGAUUGAUAGAGACGCAAUUACGUUGGGCGAGAAACUGGGUAGUGGACAGUACGGUGAAGUUUACAAAGGAGAAUGGUUCAAGGACAGGGGUAAAACAGCCGGUAUUCCUAUUGCUGUCAAAACUCUCAAGUCAGACUCAGCCAGCCAGGAAGAGUUCCUGAAGGAAGCAGGUCUGAUGAAGCGACUGAAACAUGACAACCUGCUCCACUUGUUGGGGAUCUGUAGUCUGCAGAAACCUAUAUUUAUCAUCACCGAGUACAUGCCGCUGGGAAACCUCCUAGAAUACAUCAGGUUACUGAACAAUAGAGACCAGAUGACGAGCGAGCAUUUGUUACAUGCUGCCAGUCAAAUUGCAGCUGGAAUGUGCUUUCUCGAGAAAGAAAACUUAGUUCACAGAGAUCUGGCUUGUAGAAACUGUCUGGUCGGAGAGAACAUGACAAUACGGAUCUGCGACUUUGGUUUGUCCCGUCUGCUGGACGAGGACUCGUACACAGCUAGAGAAGGCACCAAGUUCCCCAUAAAGUGGACAGCACCAGAGGCACUCAACUACAACACCUUCACCAUGAAGUCUGAUGUGUGGUCGUUUGGUAUAGUAUUGUGGGAGUUAGCUACGCAGGGCGACACACCCUACCCUAGUAUAGAUCUACAGGAGGUGUUGGGACUCCUGGAAACUGGGUACAGGAUGAAACGUCCUGAUGGUUGUCCUGAACAGGUGUACACAUUAAUGGAGGAUACGUGGAAAUGGGAGCCCGAUGAUAGACCCACCUUUGCUGAAAUAACACAACGUCUCGAGAACAUGUUCAUCACAUCCUCUGUCGAAGAAGAAGUUCAGCGAACAUUGCAGGAGGAUACCACCACCACCAGUCCCGCCUCGCGGCCACUCUCGCCUAACAAGGCUCACCGUACGGACCGGUCCAAGUCGGCACCGGUCGACCCCAGUGCGGUUAACCUGACCAAGGCCUCAGGCGAGAAGAGGUCAAGUUACCGCGGCAUCGCAACCCCCGACAAUCUCGCUAAACAGAUGUCAUUUGAUUCGUUGCCGCCUGGACGCGGCAGCCCCAAAACCCCAUACGGGGGGAUGCGACAACAACAGCCCCCUGCCCCAGGACACAAGACUCCAACCUCCUCAGGCCGCAGUACCCCUAACAAGUACAAUAACUACGAUCAGUACCCUCAACUCAUAAACCUAGAACAACAGCCCCGACAGCUCUACAACCCUCACCAUUACCCAGGCUAUGCUGGCCAACAACAGCAGCAGCAGCCAUAUCGCGGCCAGAGCCCCAGUAGUCACUCAAAACAGCUGCGUCAUCAUCUGUCACAGCAGCAGCUCCAGCAGCUACAACAGCAGCAGUUGACCCAGCAGCAACACCAGAUCCAGCAGCAGAUGCAGCAGAGGAAGUUGCAGCAACAGCGCUUAGCGCAGAAACAGCACCAGGAAAUGUGGCUGCGGCAGCAGCAGCAGCAGAUGAUGCAGCAGCAGAGUCACCAGAUGAUGCGCUCCACACCUCCUCAACACUCUGCACCGUAUCAGCUUCAGAGCUCUGAGCUCACCAAAAACAGGUCCAACAGCGAGUGCAGUUCCAACUCUGGUUCCAGUCUCCGGUUAGACCAAGAUAAAACCCCUGGAAAUUCCAGUCCGCAAAGUUCGGUUUCGUCAACCUCAGGAAGCGGAACCGACCUCCUUCAUGAGCUAAAAAACCGACAAUCUCGGCGGUCUAACAAUAAAGAAAAUAACAAAGUGACUGAACCGCCACCUGGUGUUUGUCCGUCUCCAAAACUACCGCAGUCUCCAAAACUGCAUCCGUCUCCCAAACCGCAACACAAAGUUCCGUCAUCCCUCCCCCAAUCCCUCCCCCAAAAACCCGUCAUACCUUCGCUCCGGCAUCAAACAAACGGCUCCUCGGCCAACUUUUGUGCCGUUAAUCCUACGAGCCGGGCAAACAAGAACCGGAACAAUCUUCUGGACGGAAAUGAUAAUCUGCCCGCUCGGUCAGACAGUCCGUCCGAGGACUUCAGUUUCGAAACCAUCUUACUGAGGGCCAAGGGACACGACAAGAAAACCAAUACGUUACCAAAGCCGGUCCCGCCACCAAAGCCAAAAAUAAAUCUGUGAGGCUGCCAUGGGUCCUAAUUUCUUGUUAUUUAAGUUCUGUGAAGUGUUGCCCUGUCGUAAUGAAGGUCAGCUGCUUUGUCCGCCUCAAAUCCUGUUUCCCAUAAUUUAUCCGACAUUUUUACCUCAUUUCCAACCACGAGAAGUAAUAAUGCUUGAAGGUAAUUUUUUAUGAAAGUUGAAGAUAUUGUGAUGAGAAGAAUCUGUAAAAUUAAUCUGCGGACUGGGAUACAUCUUGCUAUAUAUUCAGAACGUUUGUUAAUCUAGUGUUACCUUGAUCAUUGUUUUUUAAAGUUUUAUAAUUAUAUUUAGUUAGUAGAGCAACCUAAACAACGGGAAUUUAUAAAAACUUUAAAUUUACUCAGAAUAGGGAAGUAAACGCAAACUUAUAUUUGAUCAUAU